AGGCGCGGGGGGUGGUUGGGCCCUACUUCCUGCCGGUGCUGUAGCCGCUUCCGGGCUCCUAUCCUGGGGGAGUGAGGCGCGGGCAAAGAGCGAUCCCGACACCCCUUCUCGCUCGCCCGGCUUCGGCCGCCUCCCCGAGUCUCUGCGAAGCGGCAUCAGCUUCCCCGGGGAGCGGCCGGGGGAGGCGCCGGGUUCAUGUUCCGGGUCGCUGAGCCCGACCCGACCCGAGCUCAGGCGGCGAGAAAGAGCUGGCAUUUCAGUAGGACUAUGGAGGAACUAGUUCACGAUCUGGUCUCAGCACUGGAAGAAAGUUCAGAGCAAGCCAGAGGAGGUUUUGCUGAUACUGGAGAUCACUCUCGCAGCGUGUCUUGUCUUCUAAAACGCCAGGCAAGAAAAAGGAGAGGACGAAAAAGACGUUCAUUUACUACUCAUCAUCCUUGGGAGACUAGUCACUGUUUAAGUGAAGGUUCUGAUUCCAGUCUAGAAGAACCAAGCAAGGACUAUAGAGAGAAUCAUACUGCUAAUAAGAAAGACCACAGUGACUCUGAUGAUCAGUUGUUGGUUGCUAAACGCAGGCCUUCUUCAAAUUUAAAUAACAUUAGAGGCAAAAGACCUCUAUGGCAUGAGUCUGAUUUGGCUCUUGACAAUUUAGGAAACAGGACCCUGCGUAGGAGAAGAAAGGUGAAACGCAUGGCAAUAGACCAACCAUCAGACGUCACAAAUACACUAACAUUGACCCAACAACAGGAUAACAGCAGAGAUCAAGAAAUGGAUAAUGAUAAUAGAUCUUACCAACAUCAAGAAUUUGCCAAGAGCAAAGUGAAAAAAAGAAAACUAGCUACAAGUAGGCAAGGACCAGAAAUCUUGGAUGAAGGAGUGGUUAUAGAGAGUGAAGAAGCGAACCAGGCAAAUAAGGACAAAAUGGAGUAUGAGGAGCAAAAGGGUUCAGAUGAGAACAUGAGUGACAGUGAAUCCAGCAGCCUGAGCAGCAGUGAUGCUGGUUUGUUUACCAAUGAUGAGGGAAGACAAGGUGAUGAUGAGCAGAGUGAUUGGUUUCAUGAAAAUGAAUCUGGCGGUGCGUGUGGAAUCACUGGGGUCGGUCACUGGUGGGAACAGGACUCAACAGAGUUGGAGAAAGAAUUGCCUGAUCCAGUCUUUGAAAGUAUCUUAACUGGUGCUUUCCCUCUUAUGUCCCAUUCAGGGAAGAGAGGUUUCCAGAGUAGAUUUAGUCAUCUUCAUGGAAUGCCAGCAAGGAACAUCAAAAAGGUUUCAGGAAACCCAGCUGCAUUGAUUACCACUGCAGGCCCAGGCAACAAGAAAAUGGUUCACUUGUCCCAAGAUUCUCAUCACAAUGACCACUGGUUUAGCCCUGGGGCUAGGAAGGAACAUAGCCAGGUAAAAGGGUCAGACGGGUAUAAAGGGACUGUUAAAUUCCACCAGCUUCAACUCCUGCGGGAUAACCGAUCUGAGAGAGGACACAAGAAAAAUAUUUCAGUAAAAACAGCUAGCAGACAAACAAGUGUACAUUUAGGAUCAUUGUGCAUGGGAGACAUCAAACGGAGAAGAAAAGCUGCACCCCUGCCAGGACCCACAGGGUUUGUAGGUGAAAACGCCCAACCAAUCCCAGAAAACAACAUUGGAAACAGAAUGCUUCAAAGUAUGGGCUGGACUCCUGGCACAGGCCUGGGACCCGAUGGCAAAGGGAUGUCAGAACCAGUCAGAGCCAUCCAGAGACCAAAGGGACUUGGACUUGGAUUUAGCUGACAGAGAAGCACCCCAGCUGCUGUACAGAAAUCAGGAAGACUAAUCUUAAUUUAAAGGGGGAAAAAGUUAAAGUCUUGUAUUGUAUUUUGUCAUCAGCAAAUCCAGUUGUUGUUCACUUAUGGAGUUCUGAAGCCUAAAUGUUUCAUCUUGACUACCCUGGCUUUCAAGAUGCAAGGUAGUCACAGUGGCAAAAGAGGUGUUUGAAUCCUAACUCUGUAAUGGUGCUAAAAUGUAAAAACAAUUGUACUUUUUAAUUUUCUGUGAUCUUAAAACAAAGUUUGUUAGGUAUAUGAUUCAAAAUUCAAUGUGUUUAUUUUUCCUGAAAAGCUUCUCUCACGCAGCAUAUUUCAGCACUUGGGAAAACAUUUUUUGGCACCAUUUUCUCAUCUGAAGUGGUCUGAGAGGAUUUGUUAUCAAGGAAAAUUAAACCUUAGAAAGCUGCUAUGUUGGUUCAUUUUUCCUUCCUUUACAGGCAAAAAUUUCCAAACUAGAUAUUUCUAGAAGUUGGCCAUAGAUGAGGAUAGGUUAUCAUGAUCUCUGCUUUUCCAUGCGACAUACAUUAGGUGCCCCCAAAUGGCGACAUGGUAUGCAAUUUUGCAUAAGGCGAGUAUAACUGAUGGUAGCUUUGUCAUCAUAGGAAUGUAACCCCAUUAUCUUGUAAAGCAAGAUAAUGGGGAGGGAUAGCUCAGUGGUUUGAGCAUUGGCCUACUAAACCCAGGGUUGUGAGUUCAAUCCUUGAGGGGGCCACUUAGGGAUCUGGGGCAAAAAUUGGUCCUGCUAGUGAAGGCAGGGGGCUGGACUCGAUGACCUUUCAAGGUCCCUUCCAGUUCUAGGAGAUUGGUAUAUCUCCAAUUAUUACCUUUUUUUUAUCAUGCUUACCAGUGUGAAAGCCCUAAUUCUAACGCUUUUAUAAUUGUUUUUACAUCUUGUAAGAUAUUUUAAAGUAAAUAUCUUUAAAACUUUUAGUGUUCACCCUCAGCUUGGAAUUCUGGUUAUUUUUUAUACUAGUGUUCCCUUGACUCUCCACCUCAAAAAUGAGUGUAUUUUAAAUGUGACCCUUGCAAUGGUUCUUAAACUUUGGGUUUUGGUAUAUUUUGAAUUGACUGGUAGGUUACACCAAGGGGUGGCUAACAGUCAAUGUUUUUUGUGGUCAUGAUAUUGGUAUCCUACUACAAACUUUGAAGCAUAAUGGAAGAAGCAGAGAAAAGACAAAGUGAAGCAGGUAAGAGAGGGAAAUACUCUGGUAGCAUCUCUAAAAUCUUGAGUGAGCAAUUUAAAGUCAAGGGGGGAUCAUUAAGCUUUUUAAUCAGUAUCCAAUAUCAGCACCGAUAAUUUCAUCAAACACCAGCCAAUCAAGCUGCCAGGAUGCUGGUGGCGUAAAGCAAAUUUCACAUUAGAGAGGUAUAAUACAAUUGAAGAGGAGCCAUCAUUCAAAUUGACUAACGCUGAAAACUUGGCCCCAUUGAAGUCAAGUGUCAACAUUUCCACUGACUUCGGUGGGGCCAAGAUGUUAUUCUAAAUUGAUCAGGAAGAAGGCUAUUUUUCCCCUCACAACCUCAUCCAUUUUCCAGCAAACACAGUACUAGGAAAGUAGCUACAAGAGCAAGCAACAAAUUAAUUGAAAAGCAGUGUUCUCUUUUUUUUUU